CAGACAGGAGACCACCUCCACAAUGCGACCACGCAAGGACGAGAUGGUGGGGCGCUCUGGCGACUGCACCGCAGACUUGCUGAAGUGUGGACAAAGCCAAACUCACCCAGGACAAUGCGUUCACGAAAAGAACUGGUGUAAUGAUGUGGUGGAUUGUGACAAUGGCGUUGACGAGGACUUUUGUAUUCAUGGCCCUGAGGGGAACACAGGGCACUUGUACUGCUAUCUUCCGCGGAACUUCCGAUGUGCAAAGCGCGAUAUCGGCCUAUUCAAUAACUGUGUCUUUCCCUCACAAGAAUGUGAUGGUGUGGUGGACUGCACUGAUGGCACAGACGAGCUGCCAUGGCUGUGCAAUAGUUCACUCCGGACCACGACACCACCAAGCACAACAGCUGCGCCUAUCUGCAAUGGCUUCAGAUGCCAGAAUGGUCGAUGUCUUAGUGCAGCGAGUGAAUGCAAUAAUGUAGACGACUGUGGAGACAGCUCAGAUGAACUGAACUCACUGUGCAAUCUCCCUUUAUUUCCCGUUACAGAUGACACGAGUGAUCCCACCCCUGUUUCUAUCGUUAGUGGCACAAGUGGUAAGUGGUCCUUUGAAGCAGACUUCUAUGUGAUGAGCACAACUGUGCUUUGA